AGGAGACGAAUUUGAAAGAGAGAUGACCCAGAAGAGUGGAAGCAAACCUAUAAGGAGGAGGAGCAGCCGCCGCUUAUUCAAGCGAAAGCGACCGAAUUCCACUAUCAAACGGUUCCUGACCUUUGCCAUGCCCAUGUUCUGUGUUAGAUUCCUUUUAAGUGACCCGAAUGAAUUUUUCAUGACAAAAUUCUUCCUUGGUGCUGGAGCUGGGGGUAUGAUUGGCACUGGAAUCUACUUUUUGUUGGUACAUCCAAUGAAUCUAUAUCAAGAAAAUAAGAUAAACCUUCUAUAUGGGAUAUCAGGAACCUUUGCCAUCGGAUGGGGUACAUCUUCUCACUUUCGCUGUGCCACAAUCAUGAUGGCACCAAAUAUUUUGGGCAAAGAAGGCCGUGCUUACCUGGUGAUGUAUGUACUGCAGUCUAUUUUUGAUGGACCUGUCAGCAACCUGCAGCAUAACAUGGAGGAUGUUGCAAAAUCCAUUGGGUGCACGGUGGAGCUCCAGAUAAACCACACAAAGUUGUCCUGGAAAGUUAUUAUAAACCCUUUCAGAAAGAUAAUUGAAGACUUGGUAAAAGGGGCAAAAGAACUUAAAAAUGACACCAGCGGCAUAAAAUCUGUUUUUAAGGAGACAGAUUCUGAGGUGCAGAGCUCUGAAGGCUAUGAUAAAAAGCUUGAGGAACAGAAAGAAAAGGAGACAAAAGAGGAAAACAAGACUCUUGACACUCUGCAGAAGUUCAACCUGAAGUCUAUGCUGCGCUGUGAGUUCGUUAUUGAAAAAGGUAUUGAGAAAUGCCGUGAGUGGUUUGCCAAGAAACAUGACGAUUGUAUGAAGGCCAUUCCCCUACCUGUCCUUAACCAUCUCUUGUGCCUUCCUAUGCAAUUCUCAUUUUUGUGCAAUAUCAUGAAUGUUGUAAAUACAUGGUGCAAGAAGAAGAUCCCUAUGGAAGCCAAUUUUGGAACAAUCUAUGAUAAGGUCAAUGCGACUAUGAAUGGAAAGGACGAUGGCUUUGCUAGCAAAAUAGCAAUAGUUAAACAAGAACCAAGCAUGUUUCUUGGCAUGAACAUUUCUAAAAAGGAGAUCACAGAGGAGAUUACAGAGACAUUAGAGCAGAAGAAGUUAGGUAUGAGGAAGGUUGGGUCCUUUGUCCGUGUUGUCAUUUCCUGCACAUUUGUUUUCAUCUUUAUCUCUGCCUACAAGUAUUGCCACCAGUACAACACCAACAUUAGGUUUGAUAACGCCUAUGUAACAACCUACUUCAGGCAGAUUGAUGCUCGCAGGAGGAAACGGAAUAAGAGACACCUUCUACCCCUGAGGAAUGGAGAGCGCAAGAGCUUUGUGUUUCCCUGGAAUCCAGCGGUUCAGGACCUUGAGAUGAAGACAACAAUGAUGGAGUUUUUCCAGUGUGUUCCCAUGCUCACCUUCCUCAUCUUAGCCUUAACUACAGACUGGAUCCUUUAUCACCUAUUCCAGAUUAUCCGGAAACAUUCGCACAUCUCGUAUGUGUUCUCCAGUCACCACAAACUGGAGGUCCUGGUUGGAGGCGAUACUUUUAUUUCCAGGAUGUUAAGGCGUACUAUUGGUAACCUCAACAGCUCUUCUGCCACCAUGCACCUGAGUAAUAACACCAUGUGUCUAUUAAAUCCGAUUCGAAUGUCAGUUGAGGGCUAUCUGUGGUCUUGCCUUCCUGUGGUCGGACUCCUGUCGCUCUGCUUUGUCCAGGUGUAUAUUGGCCGUCUCCGCAGAGUGAUUGCUGCCUUCUUCUUUCCAAAGAAAGAAAAGCGGCGCGUUCUGUUCCUUUAUAACGAACACCUGAAUAAGCGGGCUGCAUACGCAGAAAUAAAAAGGAAACAGAUCAUCCGCAGGGCCAGAGCGAACAGACUUUGGCUGAAAAGCUUUGCUACUACCUUGCACCGUUAUUUGAGCUGGAUGCGCCCGUUCAUUCGCAGACGCUGUAUUGUGUGCAGAAACCAGAGAAUUGGUUUAUGAGAUGGAUUGUGCAGAUAUUUUCAAGUGCCUUAACAAUGUACCUACAUAUCACUAGGCCACAGUCACAUAAAAUAUUUUUAGCUCCAUCUCGAAAACAAGUAUCCCUCUCCUUGUUUAAUUUGUUUACAAAUAGUUAUAGUUUGUGUUGGGAACAUUGGGUAAAUUUAACUAGUCUAUCUACCGAUAUUUGUUUUUUAAUAUUUAUUUUGCUAUGGUCUUGCUGCCUUUGGAGUAUUACUGCAGCGAUUCAGUUUUCUAUGUGCCACUUUUAAAUAUCCCCAUUGCAUACCUCUCGGGAUUAUUUUUUCGAUUUAAUCAGGUAAAAAAAAACUAUGCAAACUUUUUGUUUAAAAUAAAAACAUAUAAUUUACAUUAAGAUGUGCCAUUAACACUUAUCUCUUUAUCACAAUGACAUUUCACGAUUUGCCUUAUUUUACUGACAUAAUUAAAGCUAUAUUUUAACAAGAAACCAAAAAAUACCAAAAAAAGCUUUACUAGUAAAUAUUCAUGAUAUAUAGACAAACGGGGCGCAUAGAUAUGUGGGGAAAAUAAAAAUAAAACGAAUAUAGUGUAAUAAGUUCAAAAAUAAAAACCAAAAUAAG